AUGAACCCCUCUGUUGUGGCUGCCCACAAGAGGAUUGGACUUCUCCAAAGGUUCAACAAGUGGCAAGGGAAAGCCAUGGAAAAGAUGCAAAAGUCCAUGGACAAGAUGGUGAGCAAGAUCAAAAGCUUGGAGAAGAAAGUUUCUGGUUCUUCAAGCAAGAAGAAGAAGUCCAAGGCCCCACUUCCUAGGAGUAGAUCACUCCUCACCACUCCAAAGGAGGCUCCCUGCCCAAGAACCUCACAGAGCCUCUUCAUUUCGAGCCAAGGGAAGGGAAGACAACUCGCAGAGAAGGAGGAAGAGCUCUAA